GCAUCCAUGGAUCUAACGAACGGGAGAGGCUAGUGAAAUUUACAUACCAUGGUUACGUAAUUGUAGACAAAAAGAAUCACAAAAAACACAAACCUGGAACCAUGAUAAAAGAUCGAGCAGCAAAGCCGCUCCCAAUUACGGCCGAAUUGGAGAUUGGCCAUCAAAAGGGCUUGUGCCCUUUGGAUCAUACCCAGAAGGUGGAGCAAAACCCUAAGCCUCAAAUGAUGAAAACUAAUGCAUGGCAGGUGGUUUCUCGAAAGAAGGGUAAGGACAAAAAGCCUGCUAGGGUCUGGAAAGUGAAGGACCGUCAUCUUUCCAUGCAAAUGGUUCCGUGGUGUGAGGGCCUUGGGGAAACCUCCAGAAAGGGAGAUCAGCAGAGUGAGGGACCUCCCCAUGAUGGGACUUUUGUUAUUGACUCCAACCUUUUGGCUGCUUUCAAUAUGGCUCAUUUGCAUGGGAGUUUGUCUCCUUCAUCAUUGGUAGUUGUUGACCCCCCCGUGGAAGUUAGUGAUGAUAGCUUGGCUAUUGUUCCUUUUGUGGAGUCUCUUGCACUCCCUGAGGAUGUUGCUACUGAGGUAGGUUACUUUGCAGAUGGUAGCUCCAUUGAUGAGGUUUAUCGAGCCUUGUCCUCGCCUGAAGGUUCUCAGAGCCCUUGUCCGGAUAAGGUCUCUUCUUCUAAAAUAUCUAAGGCGCAGGUUCUCAGAGCCCUUGUCUGGAUAAGUUUACUUGGGCUGGUAAACGGAGGAGGGGGAGAGUGUAUAGAAGGCUUGACAGAAUCCUUCUAAAUGAGGAAUGCUUGUGUAACACGCCAAUCCGCGUAACCCGAACCAACGAGCUAGCGAAUCGGGUUGUUACGAAUUUGGUAUUCACAUGCACAAUAUUUUAAAACAUUUAAUAAUAAAACAUCAAUUCACAUUUAUUUAAAAAAAACAAUUCACAAAUAAUCGAAGUAAAUAAUUCAAACGUUGCGGAAGCCUUAAAAAAUCAACAUUCAACGUUCAAGUAAUUUAAGUAAACACAUUCAACAACUAUAUUAAAUUUAAAUAAAACAGCUCUCGUCAUCCACCAGCAUCACGCCUCACUGUCCUCCAGGCUGCUCCUCGUCUAAUCCUUGAUCCCUACCUGUAAAAAUAGGGAGAGUGGAACUAUCUAACGCUAAAAUCAACUCAUAGACUAGCACCCACUAAUAUAUAAUCAAACAAUAUCAGAAGAAUUAGCAAAUAUCGUUAUCCAACAGUACCACUAAUUACCCUUUUAAUUUAGUUUAAUUCUUAUGCAUACUUAUUCUAUCUGCCUGCUAAUAUAAUCUAAUUCAUACUUACGGGAGUAAUGGAAUCCAGGUUCUCACCCAAACCCACACCCAUAACUCCAAAGCUCUCGCAAUGGAGGGGGUUGAGACCCCCACUGGCUCUCGCCAGGGGUCAAUGACCACCGUGCGCACGUUUUUAACCCUCGAGACCACCGGAUGAAUGACGUCACCCGCAUGACCUUAUUCUCUAGUUACUCUCGAUAAACCCAUCACCAUAUUAAGCAAACCUGAGUUUCUUCACGUAUUACAUUUGUUCAUAGACUUAAGUUGAUGUUCAAUGUUUAAAUUUUAAGGUCAAAGUAUGAAGAAGGCCAAAUUGAAAACAAUUUAAAGACUUGGGCCAACUUGCAAAUAACAAAACUAUAUUUUUGUUCCUUUAUUUUGUUCGUAAGCAGAAGAACAAGAACAGGUCUGCACUGCUCCAGCGACGGAACAGAGCAGCAAUCCGGCGGCAUCAAUCGGCGUCCCAGCAACUUCACAGUUUCCUCACGGCGGCCAGGCAGCAACUAGAUGACCUGAACACAGCGGCGGCGACAAGGUCCAGCGGCCCAGCAGAAUUUUUCAGUCCGUGUGUGUCAUCGCCCGAGUACGGUGGACAGCAGCAUCUCCGCCGCCGAACUGCGACACUGCAACAACGGCAGCGGCACCCCUCUGCGUCUAAUGGCGGUAGCAGGUGGCGGCGGCUGACAGCAAAACUCCACGGCAACAGAAUGCAAAGACGAAU